AUGGGCACGCGCGGGCCGCACGUGCUGGUGGACCCCACGCCCGCCAAGACCAUCCUGGUGUACCGCAACGGGGACGCGUUCUUCGUGGGCCGGAGGUUCGUGCUGCCGCGGCGCCCCGUGGCCACCUUCGAGGCGCUGCUGGACCAGCUGACCGAGCGGGUGGAGGUGCCUUUUGGCGUGCGGCGCCUGUUCACGCCGACGUGCGGGCACCCGGUGCUCGAGCUGCAGGCGCUGCGGGCGGGCGGCAAGUACGUGGCGGCCGGCCGCGAGCCCUUCAAGAAGCUCGAUUAUAUUCAUAUAGAUCCCGGAAAACCUGCAAAGAUGAGAAGGUUGAAGGAAAUCAAACCGGUGGUACACUGUGACAUGAAUGUGCCUUCCCGGUGGUGGAAUCUUCACCGCACCUCCCGGCACGUUAAUGUUUUCACAAAUGGAAGACUAUUUAUCCCACCUGUAAAAAUUAUCAUACCCAAAUUCAGUCUGAUGGAAUGGAAUAGUGUGCUGGCCAUGAUUGGGGAAAAAGUCUUCCCUCUAGGAGGCGUACGAAAGUUAUUUACCAUGAACGGGCAUCUCUUGGAUAACUCAAAGGACCUGCAGGACAACCACUUCUACGUGGCCGCAGGACUGGAAACCUUCAAAUAUUUCCCUUACUGGAAGUCCUCCACAGUGCCCAGCGAGGUCCAACGAAAGUAUGCAGACAUUGAGAAAUGCUCACGAGGAAAGAAAAAAGAGGACAUCAAAGGAAAAGAACCUCAUAAGUACGACAACAUUCCCUGUAAGGGAGAAGAUUCUGUUUUUUAUGCCAAAGAGGCAAAGAAGAAAAUGCUCGUGGAUCAUUUAAUGCAAGGCGGCACAGAAGGUGACGUGUACAAAGCCCAGACUCCUCACAUGGAAACCCAAGGGGCACCAGAAGUCAGAGAGGACGAUGGACUGCACGUGGAGGCGCCUGCAGACCAGACACCCGCGGAGGUAGUCAAGGAAGAUGAAGAGAUACCUCAUCACUGCCCUGAUUUUGAAAGCCACAAGGGAAGCGAUGGUGAUAGUGUGGGCAGUGAGAAGAAGCGGGGCCCAGGUGUGGGGAAGCAGCUGCAGAUGGUCAGCAGAUGGUCAGAGGAUGCCUGUCUGUACGGGUGUGAGCUCUUCUGUGGGGAGCUGGUGCUGUGUCCCCCUGCAGCAGAGGGCUGGCCCCGGCUUCUUCUGAACGAGUGCUGUACUGUGUGGCACUGA